GCCAAGUUCAAGGCAGGCAACAUGAUCAUGAUUCGGCUUGGUGACUCCACCGUGGAGUACAACGAGGACUUCCGUUUGUUUAUCACCACCAAGCUGCCGAACCCACACUACUCACCGGAAAUCUGUGUACAGGUUACCCUGCUCAACUUCAUGGUGACGCCGGAUGGCUUGCAGGAUCAGAUGUUGGGAAUCCUCGUGGCCAAGGAAGAGCCUGAAGUUGAAAAGAAGCGGCAGAAUUUGAUCAUUGAGAGUGCACAGAGCAAGGCGCAACUGAAGGAGAUUGAGGACAAGAUUCUCGAGCUGCUGUCAAACUCCAAGGGCAACAUCUUGGAUGAUGAGGAACUCAUCACAACUUUGGCGAACUCGAAGGUCACAUCCACACGCAUCGAGGAGCGCGUGAAGGAGCAAGAGAAGACGCAGGCAUUGGUGCAGGAGACGCGCGAAACCUACGUGCCCGUGUCCGUGCGAAGCUCCGCGAUGUUCUUCGUCAUCGCAGACCUCUGCAAGGUGGAGCCCAUGUAUCAGUACAGCCUCGAGUGGUUCAUUGAGAUUUUCUUGCUCGCCAUCAAGACUGCGGAAAAGCCAGAGCGCAAUCUGCAACGGCGACUCACUGCUCUGCAGAAUCAGUUCAUUAAACUCCUCUACGAGAAGGUUUGCGACUCGCUCUUCGCCAAGGACAAAUUGAUGCUCUCUUUGCUCCUGACCUUCAAGUCCAUGGAGGUCGAUCACGAACUGGACCAGGCAGAAAAGGGCUUGCUCCUGGUGGGAGGCACCACGGGCGCGGAG